AUGGUCAGCAAGUUUAAACCAGCCAGAGCGACCAGUAUUGCCUUGCCUCUUUUUGAUACAAUGAACCACCGGGAUUCAGAUUCAGACUCAUCAAGCGAGGCAGAAUUCCAUGAUUCGAAGGAAAUGUUGUCACAAGAGCAUAGCGUGAAGCCAGACUUGAUCAUCAAUGAAGGGGCCGAACUUGCAGAAAGACCAAAGCAGAGGAUCUUUCAACCGGCAACUAGAGGUGGAGAAUCAAAGGAUAGUAAUCGUUUUAAGAAAGAUGAUGUGCUUAUGAACGCGUUGAAAGCGGGGAAUCGUCCGUCUCAUGUGCUCAGGUCUUCGAGUAAGCGUUUACAGAAAGAUGAGAAGGAAAGUGUCAAUGCUGCACGUAACAUGGCUAGUUCUGACCAAGUUCGACGAACAGAAUCAUUUAGUAAAACAAGCAAACAACAGGAUAAUGAUAACAAACAACUACAAGACAUUCCAAAGAUGGAAGGGAACACCCCAAAAUUUUUUGACCAUGAACAAUAUCCUGAAAAGCACAGAAUAAGGGAAGAUACACCAGACAAAGCACAACACUAUAAGGAUUUGGAUAAAUUUUUUGGAGGUGAUAUUCGUUUAAUGACCCAAGAUUCGAAAACUCUACCGGUUGAAAAUGCUCUUAAGAAAGUAAUCUCGAAAGAGCAUUAUAGUUCGAUAGUCGAAGAUUCUACUAGGUCAACAUUAGCCAAUAAUGAAGCUGUUUCUGAAGCCCAUGAUGAGCAGUAUAAAUCACAGUCGUUCAUUUUCAGUCGGGGAUUCCUGGAGUCACAGACACAGGGAUUACAAAGUUCUGAUACACACACAGAAGAUUCAAACCAACAGCUGAUGGGAACGAAAAGUAAACAGUCCUGUCAACAGAUACAGAUGUCUAGUCCUCCUGAAUUUAAUUUGCAGCACACACAAGAUCAAGAGGCAGUAUCAAAGAAUAAAUUGCCUUUUGAAUUAAGAACUCAAGAAUCCCUGAUGUCUGAUUCCACAAUUUCCACCCCUUCUUCAACUCAACAGUCACAAAAUGCAGCAAUAUCUCCCACAAUACAGAGAACAACUACCAACACCCUUCUAGACACUACCAAAACAUUAAAGAUUUCUCAAACAAGGAAAGUUUCAACUCUACCAAUAAAAGAUUCCAUUGAAAAAUCUAACUCGACGGAUUUUCAUAGUGAAUUUAGUGUUCCAAGAAGAGUAAGGCUUUUGUCAAGUAACACCAUGAGACCAAAUGAUUACGAAAGCCUGUUGAAGGAUAAGUUAGAUAAGGAGACUCAGCAUAAUGGUAGUGUUUCAGCUGAGCCUUUCUCUACUUUUGAUUUGAAAAAAGUCAAGGCAAGAAAACGAUCAGAUAAGAUCAAGCUCAAAAAGAUCAGAAGCAAUAUUUUUGAAUCUGACGGAAAAAGUGACGAAGACAGUGAAGAUUUCAGUGACUCAAAUUCUGCCAAUACCUCAUUUACCUACAUUCCUGCAAAAUCCCAUCUACAAACCAUUUCAAGUGGGAAAAUUGCGAAGGUAACUGGUAACAAAGUUUUCGUAAAUGAGGAACUUAAACUGAACUCAGGAUCACUACAUAUUAAUCCAGGUGGGUUGUUUGAUGAGGACGAUAAAAAAUAUGCCAAACCACCAACAGAUGAAAAGGAGAAAUUGCUAUCAAUGCAGAUAAAGAAACCUAUAAUUAGACAGGAAAGUGAGAAUAAAACUUUACCUAGGAUAAAGAUAUCUCGAAAAAAGGAUAGUAAAUUUAUAAAGAAGCCAAUACAGUUUGCUCACUCGAAACAAACUUUAUCAUCUACAAUUGAUAGUGAACAUAAGUCGACGAAUACCAAAAGUUCCCUCGAAGUUGAAUCGCACUCAGACAAUACGAACGAAACAACUAUCAUUAAGAAUGAACUUUCAGGAACUGAUAAUUUGGUAAAUGGAAUUUCUCAGAAUGAUGAUAAUAAAAAUAUAGAUGAUUUAAUUGAUGAAAUAGAAGUAAUACAAAGUUCAAGCGGAAGCGAUUCAGAAAUUGAAGAAGUUCUACCUUCUCAAGCAAUUAACUUAGAGAACAUAGAAGACACACAAGCUGCCAAUACCUUAAUGAACAAAUAUGAUCUAGAAAUUGAACAUUUGGAGACGACGCCAACAACAUCUUCCUCACUGAAGCUAUUGUCGGAUGCAACUUUGAAAAAUAUUUCAGAAUCAACAAGUAGGGACCACAAACCUGCAACUUUAGAUCGGAAUAGUGUUUUGGCAACACCCUAUCUAGAUACUCAGGGUGUUACCGACUUGUAUAGAAACAUCGGGACGUCUGAGAACAAGAAAGAAAAUCACAGCCAUAAUCUGAGUAUGGAAUCCCACUUGUUUGUUCCCGAUGAUGCUACUACAAACGAUGAAUAUUCCAUCAGUAUGCGUAUAGAGGAUGAUGAAAAGACGACUCAUGCAUCAACUGAUAAGCUGUUUGUCUCUGAUGAGGAAGAAGAUGGUGAUCUUUUGAAAAUGUCUCUCAACGGUAGUCAUUCAACAUGCAGAGAUGAUAAAGAAUAUGUGACCGAGGGGGAACUUGGUAACGUUCCUGUAUUGGGUACAAAAGAACCAACUUACGGUAGCAUACCAACAGGUGCUACAACCAAUGAUGAUCCUAGAAAAAGUAGGAUCGAACAGAGAAUGAGGAAAAGGGAGAAGGAGAAGAAGCUAAAAAAGGACGAGUACACACCAUACUCAGAUUCUGAAAGUUCUAGCGAUUCUGUAGAUUCUGAAUCUGACUCUAAUAGCUUAAGUGGUGAAGCAGGUAUUGAAGGGUUUGUCGUUGAUGAUGAAAAAGUGAUCUAUGAUACUGACACUGAUUCCGGAGAUGAAUUGGUGGAAAUUGAAUCCAAGAUCGAAAAGAGGAAUGCCAAAAAGAUGAAAAGGAGAAGAAGAUCAGCCAGAAAACGUAUUAUAGAGUCUGACUCGUCGGGUUCUGAUGUUGAUAGCGUUACGAAGGGAAGAAAUCCCAAACGCAGAACUGCUUCUUCCACUAAAAACAUACUUAAACAAUUGGAGUUUCACAAUCCUGGUAGAUUGAUGCAAGAAAAAAUUUCAUCAAGAACACGACCUACCAGAAAGUCAAUACCUGUUGUGAUAUCACUAGAUAGUGAUGAUGAAGAGAUAGUCGAUGAAGAUUUGAAUGAAAGCAAGACGGUAGAGAUGCCAAAUGAAAGUUGUAAUAUUGAAAGUGCAUUAUUAGCAACAAAUGAAACACAAGAAGGCGGAAGAGAAACACUUGACGGGCUUGAUACAGUGAGCCAAAUCCAUAACCAGGGAACAAAACCAGAACAUCCACAUAGUGAUAAAAAUAUGGAUACAAGUAUCGACUUUGAAGAACAAGUUGAACUUAAGCAGCAAAAAGAAACGGAAGAAAGAGAACGUAAAAGGAAGAGAGAACGGAAGCAAGUUCAAGAAAUCGAGCUUAUUGGAAGUGAUUCUGAUGGAGAUAAUGUACUGGAUACCGAACCUAGCAGACCAGAUAACGAGUGUUUAUCAUGCUUACGCGAAAUGGCAAGAAUUGGAGUAAUUGUAGACUGUGAUAGAAAAUAUCCAUGUGGUACAUGUGUCAAAGGGAAUCAUGUAUGUGGCUACACACCGGCUCAAUACAACACUAAUUUAGAAAAAGCCAUGCUUUCUAAGAAGAAACAAUCGAAGCGAAAGAAGAGAAAGGACCAAGUACAUGUGCUGAAUGAAAACCAGCUUGCCAAGUUGAAUGACUUGUUAGGAGGAGGAAAGCCCAUCAGAAGAAGAAAGAGGAAAUAG